AGUGUUAAUAAUUGGAUUCAUAGGCGUGGCUUGUUUAACUUUGAAGUCACCGCAUAGUAAAUCAUCACACAGCCCGCAGUAGAUCCUACUCUUUCUUUCUUGCCUUUUUACGCCUCUCUUCUCUCGUCCUUCUCUUCCUCUCGUUAUGUCCUCCGAGUCCAGAGGAAGAUGUGUGGAGAUGUUCCUUCUUUCGUUUAUUUAUUUGCUCAGUCAUGGAGGAGCUUCUCCUCCAACGGUGGUUGGCCCUCCAGUAGUUAUAGAAGGAGACUCGGUAAGUCUUCACUGUGAUACGGGCUCUAGUGAAGCAGUACAGUGGUUCAAGGACGGUGUCAGUGUUUCAGUCAGUAAUCCUAAUUUUGAUACAUCUGAGUCAAACAUCAGUAUAUCAUCAGCCAAUGCUACAAUACACUCAGGGACUUAUGCUUGCUCCCUAACCUCAAACCAGUCUGAGGUCUCCACUCCAUUCCAACUCACAGUUUACUAUUUCCAUGGAAAGUUAUCAAUAUGUAAAGUACGAGAAAACAACAUUCAGGUUUCUCCAGUUGACUCUAUGUUGUAUCCUGGUCUAUCAUCGUACUCUGUUAGUGUUGAAAGUGACGUCUUACUCACUUGCUGUACUCCUCCCGCCAUCCCUCCAGUCCACAAUGUCUCGUGGAUUAAAGUUGACGGUAACACUAGACCUAGUGAUGGAGGGGAUAGCAGUGAAGGUUGGAGUCUUCUUUUGAGUGACAUUGCUGUUAAUGAUCGGGGGAGAUAUCGGUGCAGUUAUGAGCAUGUUGCUGCUGGUACUGUACAGUCAGAGGAGGUUGAGCUCAAAGUGGCUGUUCAAGGCAGUACUCCAGCCACACCAGUUGAUGUUACAGUCCCACAGUCCACUGUAUGCACUAAACCUGGUAACACUGUCACCAUUCAUUGCACUGUGUCAGGAACAGUGGGCAAUGGGGAUGUAUCAUGGAAACUAGGAGACAAUACUCUCCCCUCUAAUGAGAGAUAUUCUGUUGAUCCUGUCACUAAUUCUCUUACAAUCACUAAUGCUGCCCUCUCUGAUGAUGGAGUCUAUAAAUGUACUGCCAUAAAUGAUUUAAAUGCUGAUAGUGCCACAGUCCACUUGAAUAUGACAUGCAUUCAUUCAGUUCAUGUUUCUCCGUCUUUUGUCAGCACUGGCCUUGGAACUAGCAAAACAUUAGCCUGUUCUAGUAACCAUGACGAUAGCUUAGCCACACCCACUUAUUUCUGGUUCACCCCUCAGGGAAUUGAAGUACAGGGUCCCGAGUUGGUAUUGAAUAAUUUGCAAUACUCAGACGCCGGGAGCUAUAACUGUACCGCUAGCAGUCCUAAUUCUUUACCUGUGUCGUCACUCGUUAGUCUCACUGUUUUGGGUCCUCCUUUAGUUAAAAUAACCGCUUUCCCUAAUAGAGAGGCACGUCUCUACAGGCCCCUCACCCUUCAUUGCAGUGUUAAUGUAUCUAUACCUGAUCAGGAGAUAGAGUGGAGCAAAGAGAACAGUACUGAUAAGAACUUCAUUUCCUCUGAGUCAUUCAAUUCUAAUAUACUAACAAUACGUAACUUCAGUGUCUCUGAUGUAGGGGUCUAUCAUUGCUCGUAUACUAGUGACACUUAUAGAGAAGUGAAGAAUUCUGUUCAUGUCGUGUUGACUAAUAAGAUUUAUCCCAAGUUUGACAUUAUUUCUCGAACUGGCAUCGUUAAUGAAAUCUUGAUUGUUACAUGCGAGUUUCUUGGCGGAAUCAGCAGCGAUGGAACGUUGACUGUGUCUUGGUUUAAAGGAGGGAGCCCCCUGAGGUCUUCAAGGAAUGUUACUGUCUCUAAUGGAGUCGUUCAAGGAGGUGUGGCCAGUUUGACAAUAAAUUCGGUAAAAAUGUCAGACGAGGGAAGUUACUCUUGUCUUGCUAGCGACGGAGUCCACGAGUUCAACGAAACCUUUGAAAUCAUUGUUAACGUUCCAGGAUCAUUUUUGGAAGUCCCUCCCAGCAGUGUACAGUAUAUGGAGGGUGAGUACCUCUACUUGGAGUGUCGGGUUGCGGGGAAACCUCUUCCUAAAGUUACGUGGCUCAAAGAACUCUCUCACCUUGAGUCUGAUGACCGUAUAAUUGUAGACAGCAAUGGAUCUCUAGUCAUUACCAGCAUUGUCAUGUCUGAUGCUGGAGAUUAUUUGUGUUUUUUUGACAGUCCUGAUGGCGUAAAAGAACACAGUACAGUCACCAUUAAAGUGUCUCCACGUCAGGCCACACCUACCGCUCUUACCGGAGAUGAUACGAUAUUGGGUUUGGAACAGAAUCUCUUCAUAUCGAUUGUUUUAGCUGUCGUCGGUGUCAUAUUCAUAAUACUCAUUGUCCUCCUUCUUUGUUGUACUCUUUGCUAUGUUAAAUGUCGGAGUCGAGAGCGUAGCACCAACGGACACCAAAAGGCCGUCUUGGAGACAGUUUCCUUUGAGCGUAGACCAUCUCUUCGUGGUUCCUUGAGAAAGGACAAUAGCGGGAUAUUACAGCAGAAUCCAUCCGACUUAUCGAGUCUGUGGACGUUCACUACUGAUAAUUCAAACUCAGUCCCAAUGACUGCUGUCUCAAGCAGUGUGGCAGUCUCACCUGGUCCUCCUGUCCCCUCUCCUAUCCCUCCUCCUCCCGAUGGACCCACUGCUAGUCUUGCAACUGAGCUCAAUUUACCUCACGGGAUCAGUAGCUUCCCACGUCACAAAUUAAUGUUAAGUGGUGACAUCAUGGGCGAGGGUGAGUUUGGACCAGUUGUUAAAGCAAUAGCUCGACACAUCACAGAAGAUUCUAGCGAGACUCUCGUGGCAGUCAAAGUGUUAAUGUCCAGAGAAGGGGAAGAGGCUCUGUGGCCAUCACUCAUGGACUUUUCUAAUCAAAUGAGACUCUCGUCUCCAUUUAUUUCUAAGAUACUCGGAAUAUGCGCUGAUGCUGAGCCCUACUACGUCAUAUACGAGUAUUUGGACAGAGGUGAUCUCAAGAAUUUUUUAUUUGCUUCUCAUCCCAGCCCUCACUCUGAGCCUAUGCUAACUCAGUCCGACCUACUCCAUUUUGUAUCACAGAUAGCCGAAGGCAUGCGUUACCUUUAUUCGCAGCAGAUUAUACACGGAGACCUCGCGACUCGUAACUGUCUCAUCAGCUCAAAUUUCUCUGUCAAAAUUGCCGACCUCGGCAUAGGUCAUGACCUCUACGAGCAGGAUUACUAUGACAAUGGGUCCCAACUCCUCCCCAUUCGAUGGAUGGCACCUGAACUCCUCAAGGAUUCAAACAUGGGCCCCGCCUUCUCCCUUGCUAGUGAUAUUUGGUCGUUUGGAGUUUUCUGUUGGGAGGUGUUUUCUUAUGCUCAGCAGCCUUACGAGGGGCUAUCUGACGAGCAGGUUCUUAGACUAGUACCCAGUGGGCAUUUAUUGAGCUUGCCAGAGGAAGGAAUGCCAGCUCUUCUUUAUUCCUUGUUGAUGGAUUGUUGGCAGUUUGAUCCACUCCAACGUCCAUUGUUCACUGAGAUAGCACCAGCUGUUAGGGGCAUUGAUGUAGACUGAGUCUUGUUUCAUUGACUUUAAUAGCUACAUCUCUUUCAUUUCUUAACCAAUCUUAUACUCUCUUUGUGAAAAGGAUAGUGUUUCUUCUCUGCUCAACACACUUUUUUCCUCUUCCCUUUCUGCAUUACUUUUAAUGACUAGUGUCUCUACAAGCAUAUUAUUAUUAUUAUUAUUAUUAUUAUUAUUAUUAUUAUUAUUAUUAUCAUUGUUGUUUUUUAUUUUUAUUAUCA